CGGCGACUAUCGGCCAUCGCCACCAUUCAGCCCCAUACAUUAUAUAACUAUGCAGAGCCUCACACGACUGCUUGCCCUGCUCCUUCUGGCCAUGCUCGGUGUCCUCGCACAGCAACAGUACGAAGAGCCUUAUCCGUACUUGCCCCUGGGUUACGACUACCCGAAGAGGUACGAUCCUGAUAUCUUCGACGGAGGAUUGACAUUCAAAGGUCUGCGAGGGCUGCGUGGCAAACGAAUGCCGUACAUGAAUCUCAAAGGACUUCGAGGCAAAAGAACGCUCUAAACAAGAGCCAUGCACGCACCCAUACACCAUAAUCUUGUUCCCAAAUGAUCUCGUAACAAUCUAGUUAGCGUGCUUACUGAAUGUGUGUUAUUCUGUUUAAUAUAUGGGCUGAAAUGUAAGGUUGUCAAUAAAUCUUCGU